GCUAUGGUAUGAGAGGGUUAUCUCUGAAAUUCUGAUUAGAAGUGUGUUAUGUGACGUGACAGACGGAGGAGAUGUAUGAAUUAUUUUUGUAGUAACGUAUCAUUUGUUUUUUCUAAAAGAAGAAAGAUAAUAUUGUAUCUGCAAGGACAAGGGAAUAAUGUACUGUACGAAGCAGCUGUUGAUUGUUAUGAUUGUUCAAUGCAAAUUUAGGUUAUGUUAAAAGGUCCAUCUGGGUGCUUAUGUUGUUAUGAUACUUAUCGCACGUAAUGGUUCCAAGAAAGGACAGAAAGGUUUUGUAUGGUCCGUGGAUGUACGGUUGUGUGACUAAAGUUAUAGUUAGCAAACGAUGGCUGUCGUCGUGGAAACUACCAUUGGGGACUUCACAGUUGACCUAUUUACAACAGAACGGCCAAAUACAUGCUUGAACUUCUUGAAGCUCUGCCGAAUAAAAUACUACAACUUCUGUUUAUUUCAUUCAAUACAACACAACUUUAUAGCACAGACGGGGGAUCCGACUGGUUCUGGAAAAGGUGGAGAAUCUGUUUACAGCAAAAUUCACGGAGAAAAUGCCAAAUAUUAUGAAGGGGAAUUAAUGCCCAAAUUGAAACAUGAUAAGGCAGGUCUGUUGUCAAUGGUCAGCUGUGGAAAUAACAUGUUUGGAUCACAGUUCUUCAUAACACUUGCAAAGGAUCUUCAGUCCCUGGAUGGUGAGCACUGUGUCUUUGGAGAGAUAGCAGAAGGUCAUGAAAUUCUUCUAAAGUUGAAUGAAGCAAUUUGCGAUACAGAACAUAGGCCUUACCAAGAUAUAAGCUCCCUCACUCAAAAACUUAAAUGUGAAACUGAAAGUAGCAGAGUGAACAGAACUACACAAAUGAUCACUCACACUGUUAUUUUAGAAGAUCCAUAUGAUGAUCCUCCGGGACUAAUUGUGCCCGAUUCUUCUCCUCUGCCAACUAAGGAAAAUCUACAGAAUAGCCGCAUUGCACCAGAUGAGGAACUUGAUGAGACAAAGGGUCGUUCUGCCAUAGAGAUCGAGGAAAUCAGAAAGGAAAGGGAAGCAAAGGCUCAGGCAACUAUACUGGAAAUCAUAGGCGACAUACCUGAUGUUGACGUUGCCCCUCCUGAAAACGUACUUUUUGUGUGCAAGCUAAAUCCUGUGACCACAGAUGAUGACCUUGAAAUCAUUUUCAGCCGAUUUGGAAAAAUUAAAAGCUGUGAGGUAAUACGUGAUAAAGUGACUGGAGACUCUCUGCAGUAUGCAUUUGUAGAAUUUGAAGACCGGAAAUCAUGCGAGGAUGCUUAUUUUAAAAUGGACAAUGUUUUGAUUGACGAUCGAAGGAUACAUGUUGACUUCAGCCAGAGUGUGGCAAAGCUAAGGUGGAAGGGUAAAGGCCGUGGAGUGGAGCAUUUGGAUGAUGAGGGUAAUCCAAGGAAAGAUGGUGAUAUUCAUUACAACAACUAUAGACCUGACAAUGACAGGAACUCCUCGAGACGGGAAGAUAUUCGAGACCACGGAAGACGGGAGGACAUGCGUGGUGUUUCCGAUACCCGGAGUUCCGAAAGAGACAGAGAACGAGAACGCCGCUACUACAGUGACAGAGAGCGCAGGCAUGGCGGAAGUAGUGGCAGCCGUGACAGGGACAGAGAGAGGGAGCGAGGUAGAGAUAGGGAUCGAGAUCGGGACAGGGAGAGGGACAAAGGAAGAGAGAGAGACAGAGAAAGAGACAGGGACAGGGACAGGGACAGAGACAGGGACAGGGAUAGGGAUAAGGACAGGGACAGGGAGCGGGACAAGGACAGGGACCGCCAACGUGAUAGAGAAAGUGAUAAAGAUAGGGACAGGGACAAAGGUGGCAACAGAGACAGAAACAGUGAUAAGGAUAAGGAUCGUGAUAGGGAGGAAGAUAAGGACAGGGAGAAGGAGAAAGAUAAAAACAGGGAGAAGGACAGAGAAAGGGAAAGAGAGAAGGACAAGGAAAAGGACAGGGAAAAAGAAAAAAUGAAAGAGAAGGAAAAGUUGAGAGAAAAGGAGAGGAACAAGGAGAGAGAUAAACAUCAAGUGAACAAGGAAUACAUUGAUGAUGUUGGAGAUCAUGCUAAGGAGAGAGAUUCUCAAACGGAGAGUGGAAGGAUUGGUGGGAACACAUCCAGUAAGGAAGGAUGGGAGAGAGCUGAUGAGGAGCGACUGCCCAGGGAACCGAAGAGAAGUGAUGGCAGGGAGAAAUCUCAAAACAGAGAAGGUGUGAAUGGUGCACAGCUCUCUAGGAGAGACAGCAGUGGUUCCAGUGAGGAAGGCACCAGGAGAAGAGGGGCAGAAGCUGUGGAGAAAAACAGAAGUACAACUCCUAAGGCAGUAGCUGUCCAUGGUUCGGACAAUGGCACUGAAAGAGUCAAAGCACACCAUAGCAGAGACGACUUGUCAGAUGGAGGAGACAGUGACACACAGAAGGCCAGAGGGAGUGAUUCUGCCAGAAGAAAAGAAAGGCCAGGGACUCCUUCUGGCAAAAUGAGCAGGAAAGUGGGAGAAAAUAGUCAUCUGUCUGGUACCAACAGCAGAAGCAAAGGGCCAGGAGAUGCGACAACGUCUGGCGAUCAUAAUGUGAAGUCGGACGGUCAGCUCCAGAAGAGACCGAGAAAUGCUGCUGCCACAGAACACAAAGAUGGUGGUGCCUUGCAGAACAAAGGUAAAGAGAACUCUCUUUCUGAGCCUCAGAAGAAGAAAAGAAAGAAGAGUGAAGAUAGUUCUACAGACAGUAAUUCAGAAUCUUCGAGUGAGAGUGACAGCUCAUCUGAUUCAUCAGAAGAUAGCAGCUCAAGUUCAGAGGUGCAAAAAGGAAACGUGCAUCACAAAAAGAAAAUCAGACAAAAGAAGCAUGCAGUAAUUGCAAAGAAAGUCAAGAAAAGGAGAAGAAAAAAGAAGAAAAUUAAAGGAAAGAAAGGAAAGAUCCUGGAUAAAACUAAGAAGAAGCCUCGCAGAGGUGACGAUGACUCAGACAGUGAUCAAUCCUCAUCAGAAGACGAUAAAGUUCUGCGUGCAGACUGCAAAGCAAAGAAGCGCAGGAGGAGAGACGUCAGCAGUUCGAGCGGUACUAGUAGUAGCAGUAGCAGCAGCAGUAGCAGUGACAGCAGUGUGUACAGCAGUAGUUCCUCCUCGAGCAGUGGCAGCAGUAGUGGGAAAAUCAUACGAAGUCGUCGCAGUUCUAGUUCUGAUAGUGACUCAGAUCUUUCUAACGCUUCUUGCGGAAAGGAUCCCGAUGCCAUUGCUCGGAAGAUCAGACAGUUACAAAAGAAACUACAAAAGAGUGAAAAUCACUCUGCAAAGACAAAACAUCACAAGGUAGUGACUAAGAAUGCAAAUGACUCAGACUCGUCAGUUGAGAGUGAUACUGCAGCCUCAAAGGAGAUACGUCAAACAAAAAAGAAAACUAAUGGGAUUGAGAACCACAUUCGAAAUAAAAAAAAAGAUCACCACAAUCACAGAGGCUCGACAGCCAGUGACAGUGCGAGAGAGUCUGCCACUUCCCGCUCAGCUGAUGCUUCAUCUGCUACUCCUCGGCCGAAGAAGUCAGCUAGAGCUGGCUCUCGCUCUGAUGUGUAG